UGCAUUGGUCUUCCAAGUCCAACCUCACGUACGGUAUCCACGUACAUGUAUCACACAGAAUGCAAGAAACCGGGGUCUCCCUGUGGCUUGCUUGCCCAUCUCCAAUUACAUGUAUUAAGUAGCCUAAGCUGGCUUGUACAGUAUCUCUACUGACGUCAGAAAAGAAAGGCAAGAUUGAAGGAGAAGCUUUACAUGCGCGUUUUCUAGCCGUUGCUUUUGGAAGCGAAUUUGUGUCACAACAUCAAAGAAAAAAAGCGCAGGUGCUGCAGCCCGAGCAUGCAGCGGGACGGAGUUGCGGGAUGGGUGUCAUUUCAUGUCGUCGACAAACGUAUGUUUCUACUUGAGGUGUCAAGGCCAUGCCAUCAAGCAAAUCACAAUCAGUCAUUGCUUUGCAAGAGCGAGAUUCGAUAGCCUUUACUGGGAUUGCAAGUUGAAAUAACGAAUUUUCGUCUUGGCACGUCAUAAAAAGCUCAUCCUGUACGGUAGGCACGUGAUGACUGGCUGCUGGAUCAGGGAUCGUCAUUGGCACUUUCAAGAUAGGAAUGAAUAGAAAGCUUGCUUGGCCAUAAGUUAAUCCUAGCUUGGUAGUUGAUCAUAAAAAGGAACUUGAUCAUUUUGACUUACCUAUCUACUAGUAUCUGAUAGCCAUCCAAUAAACAGAAAAGUUCUUUGCUUCUAGCUAGCUAGCUUGUGUCAAGCUAAGCUAUAACCCACACACCUAUUAAUAGUAGACUACGGUACAGUUCAGUGCAGCAGGCAUCAUGAGCCCACCAAGACAAGAUGACGACUUGAACAAGAACAAAGAUGAAGAAAGUUUGCUAAAAGGCGAGGAUUCUACAAGAGCAAAGAAUGCUGGAACAGCUGGAACUGCUGCCAGUGAGAAAAGUGCCUUGUUGUCUCCCGAGUACAUGUACAGUCCUUCGCCCAAUUCUACCGACAGACCCAGUUUGACCAAUUUGACGGAAUACGGAGCUCUAAUGGCGGAUAGAGAAGAGGGAGAAGCUCCUCUCAUUCAAAUGCAAGUCAACGCAAACAACCAUAACUUGCCAGCAGCAAACAACAGCACAAGCAAUAAUAAUAAUAUUGCAAACAGCUUUGGAGAUGACGAAUGGCCGCAAAUUUCAAAGAAAAAAUGCAAGAACGAACUGGUCUGGAUUCUUUUGCUUUUGGUGGCACUCUUUCUAGCCAUCACCACUGGACUCUCCCGCUGGGGUACUGGUAGUGAUGCCAAAAAAGAAAGCCACGAUCCCCAUUCCGACAGCAGCAGCAGCAGUGCUUCUUCUUCCGCCACUGACAAUAAUUUCGCCCGUCCGUUUUCCCUAAAUCACCCGGUCCAUGACUUGAAUCUGCGUACAGUGCAACGUCCCGAAUGGUCGGCUCCCAACCGAGAACUCUUUGCGGAUAUUCAAGGUCCUCUACCGACCAACUCGUGGUACCAAAAUCUGCUCCUCGCGACGAGACACGAACCCACAGAGGAGCAACGAGCUUAUCCCAUGCCAUACGUCGUCGACACGGUGGGACCCAUUCCAGGAUUACGAGUCCAUCAUACCAGCAUGGUGGCAUCCGAUUUGGUGUUGCAGCUUACAAAUAUUCCCAGCCAUGGGCUCACAUUGGGAGCGGCAUCGCAGUCCAUGUUGCUCUCCUCCAGCGCCACUGCUUCCAAAAAGUACAAAGUCACGCACAUGACGCCUCUCGGGGUCACAUUGCAAUGGCCCAACAAUCAGACCACGUCGUCGUUGACACACUCCACAUCCAUUGUCAAAGGAAUGCCGUAUGCAACCAUGGCAUAUUCCAUCCAAAAUGACAGGAAACUUUACCCCACGGAAGCCAGAUUGCGAGAACAAGCAGCUUCAGACCACGAUCAAGACAUGCCCACCAUCGUUUCGGAGGUACCCAUCUCGUCACCACCAUUGUUAGAUGGACAAACCAAUCUAGACUGCAAGAACGUGCAAUUGGUUCAAAAAGAAAUGCAACUGCAGUUUCAAGGUUCCGAUUAUACUUGGCUCGUUUUUGUUUCCCGCCCCGUAAUGGUCCGUUGCAUGGAAACAUCCAGUCUUCCUGGAACUUCCUUUGCCGUGCAGUUCCUAUUGGACAAUGAUGAUGAUGAUGAUGAUGAUGACGAGUCGUCCGACUUGAUUGUUCGAAUGGCCAUGGGCAAUGCCUGUACUACCAAUCCCGGAACUUGUGGUGCACAAACGCGACGAAAGGAUCCCGAGUCGUACAUGCGCCUCCUGAGGAAACAUGCCAACUAUUACCCUGGGCCCAACACGGCUGUAGGCUUUGAGUUUGAAACGGACAAUGACGAAUUCAACAGCAUCCAAUUUGAUUGGAACGUGCAGAAAAUGAGGCGCGAUGACCACGAGACUGAAAAGAAUGCAACCAGCUUGCUCAUGUUUGCUCUGCUUCAUCAUCAGGAUAUGUUCGCGGCAAGCCAGAAAGCUGGCAACAAGAACCCCCAGCUGCCGUCAUACCCCCACGGAAAAGGGGGACCAAAGUCUUGUGCUACUACGCUUUUGGGACCUGCUUGUUUGGUGGAGGGAUCCACAUGGAUGCUACAGGAGAAGCGUCAACGGGCGAGCUUUCGGGCGCCGCGUCCUCCACGCAACGAAGACUUGGCAGUCUUGGUCGACGCCUUUCGAAGUGAUCUAAACUAUAGUCUACCGCUAUAUUUCCAACGCGGUGCAGGAGACACGUAUUUUUCCGGGAAGAUGCUGGCCAAGCUGGGUCGUAUUCUGACCAUUGGUGAAGAACUUCAUGAGAUUUGUGCAUCCCACGAUAGCCCCAAAGAGUGCAAGGGUUUGGACGUGCCAUCGCCAGAGCAGCCCGAAUUUCAGCAAGCGUUGGCCAGACUUCGAAGCUCUGUAGAGGUUUGGAUCAACGGAACAGCAGAUACACCCUUCGUUUACGAUGGCUUGGCUACGGGUGGUUGGGGAGGCGUUGCCAGUUGUGGUUGUGACUUUGAUGAGUCGCAACAGCAGUGUCGCAACCAGUAUCCCGAUUGCCCUGGAUUCUUCAACCCCGGCCUGAACUUUGGAAUGGCAUUCUACAAUGAUCAUCACUUUCACUUGGGGUAUCAUAUAUAUUCAGCUGCCAUAGUUGCUCACUUUGAUCCUCAGUGGGGGCGGGAUCACUUUGAACAAGUCUUGUUGCUGGUGCGUGACAUUGCCAACCCUUCGCGCGACGACAAGUCGUUUCCAUUGUUCCGAAACAAAGAUUGGUUUCAAGGUAAUUCCUGGGCCAGUGGCAUUGCCGUGUCUCCCUUGAAUGGAAGGAACCAAGAAUCUUCGUCGGAGGCUAUUGCGUCGUACGAAGGUGUCGCUCUCUAUGGGCAGGAAAUGGCCAAAGCGUGGGAAGAUUACGACCAAGACAAAGUUGCAACAGCCAAACAAAUUGGCCGGUAUGGUGAGGUCUUGUCCGCUAGUGAACUCCGAUCGGCGGAUCGAUAUUAUCACAUCAUUGAAUCCAGCAGGGAGCAACAGUUCCCCAUUCAAUACACACCCCUUGUUAUCGGCAUAAUGUGGAAUACCAUGGCGCAGUUUCAGACUUGGUUUGGAGGUGCCGCCUACUUGGCGUAUGGCAUUCAGCUGCUGCCACUGACGGUUGCUGCAGAAGGACGUGAUUCUCUCGAAUGGUCCCAGGAACUGUACCAACCAUUUGCAGACAGUUGCACUGCCCAUCUCGCUCCAUGCCGCGAUGGCGGCUGGUCGGUGCUUGUCUUGGCAAUUUUGGCAACUGUGGGGCAACAGGACGAAGCAAUUCAAAAGACCUUGGAGCUUCCGUCCAGUGUAUUUACGUCGGCAGGCGGCAACGGCCAUUCCUUGACAAAUACACUUUGGUACUUGUCGACUCGUCCAAAGGUGGAUGAUCCACUGGUCGUUGUUGACCAAAACAACGACGACGGAAUCAAACAAACUGCCGACCUCGAGAAGAACAUGCACCCCCAAGGCGACGAAAAUGACGUGAAUGACCAAUCACCCCAGCAUCAGGGACCAGUUGUUGUCGAUCUAAACUUCAACUGCAGCUGCCCCGAAUCUUGUACCGAGAGGGCCUUGAACCAUUUUGCCAAUGGGCACAGCUGCGGCUCUCGGAUACUUUGGCUCAUGAACGAGAAAGAUCAUAAUGAAUAUGAUGCAUGUCACCAGGUUGGUGUGGAAUUCUCUGGGGAUUGUGGCGCCUGUGAUCCAACCCAGUGCAGCUCCAAGGAGACAGCUGCGUCGAAAUCAUGCCCUCCGUGCUCUACUGAGAUCUGCGGAGACAGCAAGCUCAACCAGUGCCCCUUGCAGAGUGCACCUUUUUUGUGCACGGAAGGCGCGAGCAAAGGCGGUUGUUCGCCUUCACCGUGGGUCCUGCACGACGAUGGCAUCUGCGAGAGCUGCUGCGAGCUGUCUCCCGCGUGCUAGGCAACGGGCUCGUCAGCUCGUCAUUGCAUCAUAAACGAAGUUGCCAUGGCACGGCACUCAAAUCCAACUUAAAAAAAUCUCAUUCGAGAAGUCCAGAAAAGGCGAAGCUUGGGUGGUCACUUUAACAAUGUUCCAGCUAUAGUCAGUUGCUAAGAACAGAUAGAUUGAUACAUAAUUACUUUAUUAAUAGAAAGUUGAAUCAGCGCACAGCCGGCGCCCAUACUAAGC